CGCCCCCUUGGCCUCCCCCGGUGGCUGCCGUGAGUAAUCGCGCGUUCGCGGAGCUGCAGUUUGGCCAGGAAAACGGGCGGAUUUGCACGGAAACAAAGUGCGCCUUUCAGACUCGUCGCAGCCACCUUGUAAGCCAGCAUGAACCCCAGCUGCUCCCGCUGCGGGAAGAUCGUCUACCCGACGGAGAAGGUGAACUGCCUGGACAAGUUCUGGCACAAAGCAUGUUUCCACUGCGAAGUCUGCAAAAUGACCCUGAAUAUGAAGAAUUACAAAGGUUAUGACAAGAAACCUUACUGCAACGCACAUUAUCCCAAGCAGUCUUUUACAACUGUGGCAGACACUCCAGAGAACCUGCGCCUCAAACAGCAGAGUGAGCUUCAGAGUCAGGUGCGCUAUAAGGAGGAUUUUGAGAAGAACAAGGGCAAAGGGUUCAGUGUUGUCACAGACACUCCAGAGCUUCAGAGAAUCAAGAAAACGCAGGAUCAAAUCAGUAAUAUCAAGUACCAUGAGGAGUUUGAAAAGAAUCGAAUGGGCAGCAUAGGAGAGGAGCGCCGCAACUCCCAGGAUGAUGCCAUCCCUAGAAGACCAGAAAUGCAACAGCAGCCCCCAAAGCAAAGCUAUCAACAAUCUAGCUCGGCCUACAAUUACAAUGAGCCUGCAGCGGCUCCCCCUAUGCGAGCUGCACCUCUGGAGCCACCGAGCGGAGGGAGGCGCUUUAAGGCAGUCUACGAUUACGCAGCUGCUGAUGAGGACGAAGUUUCAUUCCAAGAUGGGGAUAUCAUUCUGAAUGUUCAACAGAUCGAUGAUGGUUGGAUGUAUGGCACAGUGGAGCGCACUGGGGAAACUGGCAUGCUGCCAGCAAAUUAUGUGGAAGCCAUGUGAUGUGGGCAUUCCCUGGGCAUGAAAGGGGAGUGGCAUCUGCAGCCCGAAAAGAAAGUGAGAACAAGUGCCAUCUCAUCCUCUCCCACCUUACCUUUUCUUGCACAACAAUCACCCCCCAUCCUCCUUGCAUCCGUGCUGUCUCCUUAACAAAAACACGUUGGAACAAAGUUCAGCGGUGCCCCCCCCAAAAAGUGAAACGGUUUUCAGAUUUCCCAGGGUGUGUCCACGACACAUUCAGGUUUCAGUCACAUAUUACUUGUCCCGUACUGCCAUUGCCUUAGCCCUUCUCACGUUUGCCACUCGACUUUCCAGUGUUUUUGUGAUGCGGAGAUUCAGUUCCAUGCGGAGGGGUGGAGGGGGAGAUUCGGGAUUCAAACUGAGCUUACAUCAAAAUGAAAUCACUUUGAUCAUUCCGCUUUAUUUUUACCAUUCCAGACAUUAAUCUUUAUAAGAAAUUGUGUAUGUUGAAGAUUAAAAAAAAAAAAAAAAGUCUCUAAUAAUAAUAAUAAUGGUUAUUUUUAUCAGCAGCUAUUUUUCAUCUCUCUUUGGAAUGAGGGGAUAUUUUUUUUAUUAAGCAAAGAAGUAGCUUUUGUAUUCCUAUGCCAAGCCAGCCUUCUACCCAGAUUAUUGCAAAGAGUUUUGACUGUCAAAAGAUGAAUUACCUUGAGCACAAUUUAGCCUACCUGCCAGCUGCUAUUCAGCAUAUUUUUUUUUUUCCUAUUUGUCUCUGAAAAGAAUUUAUAUUAAUCUUCUCUGCCGCCUUGUGUGACUUUCCCCUCUUUCACUCUGAUCAGAAUUUCAGUCUCCAUUGUUAGUCGUGUUACUUUCUCCUCUCAGAUGUUACAACAGGGACCAUAAACCAGUUAGCUGCCAGGUAAACGGAGACACCCACAGCAUCGUAUUCCUAACUUCCACCGUGUAGUGGGGACAUGCAAACAAUCCAGCCGGGCCGGGACCCCCCCAAAAUCCCCAUUACAUCACAUUAUUUUCUGUGUCCUGCCCCUCUCUGCCUGCCAGCCAAAAUGACAGUAGCGUUAGCGUGGGCACAAACUGCUCACCGCGCAGGGCAAAGCCAUUGUAUGGGGCAUUGCAAGCCCUGGGUAAAAGGCUGCCCAUCAUGUCUGUAUGUGAGUUUUUUUGUCAUUCGAUAUGCUUCACUGUGACUUAACAAAACUGUUUUUCGAAAUUUAACAUCUGCUAACUUAAAAUGCACACAUACACAAGCAUAUAUAUAUAUAAAUAUAAAUAAAUAUGAGAUUAAAAUGGAUCAUUUUUAUAAGGUAGCACUUGCAACUAUGGUCACAGAUUUCCAGGAGCGCAGUCCACCUACCUUAACCAGUAUCUGUGAGAAGUGGGGCACGUGGCUGUCACUUCAAGAUAAAUAAAUAAAACUCCGCACUGUGUACGUUCAGGCAGAAAUAUGAGACCUUUGCACCAAAUGGCUUUAAUGGAAUUGUUGACAUUUGCUAGUGCUGGAAGCCAGUUUCUGUUGCGUCCCCUCGGGGAAUGAUGCACGCUGCCUGAGAUGCUCAUCAUAAAACUGGAAUGUUCAACAUGUUCUGGAAUUGGUGCUUUGAAGUUUGUGGCAUUGUGUGUGUGUGUGAAGAGCAGAAAGGCGCAGGAUGGGCUGCUGAGCGCACCAAGCAGUCUCCUUAACAGACGAGGUGUUCGUUUUGGGAUUUGUUGUUGUUUUCUUGCCUUGUUUAAUGAAUUUGAUCCUAAACCUUUAAAUACUUUUGUUUCUCCUUCCAUCAUUUCACCUCUCCAGGAUGGUGCUAAUGUGUCCUUCAUUGUUAGAUUGUCUUCGACUUGCAUAUCUCAAUCAAGGGUGAACUCAACUCUCCGACUGUCGAGGUUUUUAAGCCCAUCUUGGUCCACGAGUGACAUUCCCUCCGAGCUGGUGGCCUUGUUAUCUUACUAACAUGUCCUUACCAAAUGUGUUCAGCCAAAGUGAUGCUUGGUGUUCAUUAUUGUUGCAUUUUUAAGAUGACAAUGUUGCAUAAUACCAGUACUUCAGAGCAUCCAAUUGAUUGGGGGUAUAUAGUUGUUAACACAAAGGCGUGUUUCUGAUUUUUAGGAAGCUGAAGAGCUCUUGACCUCGGGGUGCCAGACAUUACCGUGCCAGUGGAUUUGGGCACCCCAGGCUAGAACCGAAGGUCUAAUUCAAGUGUGCCGUCUUGCGUAGAGUUGAUGGUACAGGGGGUCUGUCUUUUCACACCAGAUUUGUUCCCUUUUUCAUUUCCUAAUUUCAGACAUGUCAACCUGCCUUACCAUUGCACAGUGACUUUGAAAGUCAGUCUUAUAAACGACCUUCAUAAUUCUUCAAUUUUGUCUUCUUCUGAAUCAUAAGCACAGUCUCGGUUCUCGUAAUUCAGCUCAUACUGUUAUCACGUCGAGAACUCCCAACUUUUACAUUCCUUGUGUUGUAUAAAUUUAGACAUGUAUCAAUUGUUUUUCAGAUUUAAUAAAAAUUUGUCAUUUUUACCCAGUA